UCUCAAUGCACCUCAUUCUGGACCGGGGCAGCGCUACCCGAGAAGAGCAGCUGAGCAGAGCUGCAGUAAAGCACAGAGGAGACAUUGUUAGAAUCAAAUGAGUAGAACAACAUCAUUUCUUCGACUUUUCGCGGGGUUCAUUCUCAUUGCGACAGGUGUGCACGGCUCCUGUCCCAUUGAGCUGAACCCCCCCAGUGUUGUGGUGAGAUAUGGAGACGCCGUCUCAGUCAACUGCAGCACAUCGGAGACCAUGUUCGACGGAAUGGGCUGGGAGGUUACAGAGGGAGGCAUAAGUCCAAAGAAGGUCAACCAUUUGACCUGGUCUGUGAAGAACCUAAAAAAUUGGGACAUCUCUCCGCAGUGCUUCUUAAACCCAUCACCAGAAAGCACAUUUGAACAGUGCACCAAGGAAGCAAAAAUUGUACUUUAUACAUUCCCAGAACAGGUCAGCAUCAGCUCCAGCAGUGGUUUGAUGAGAGAGGAGGAGGAAUAUAACUUCACAUGUCACAUCCAACAUGUAGCACCUGUGCAAAAUCUCACUGUCAGAUGGUACAAAGAAGAUACGCUCAUCCGUACAGACACUUUUAACAAUACCAGUAAGAAACCAGUGGAUCAGUCAUCUGUGUACAGCUUUACAGCGAAAAGACAGGACAAUGGAGUCACACUCCGAUGUGAGGCACACAUGGACUUGGGGCCAGAAGGGCCGCAAUUUGAUUUAUCAUCACAAGGGUAUAACAUUACAGUUCACUUUGGACCAGAUGUCAAAUGUCCCAUCAACAACUUGCACUUACAAGAAGGGGCAACUCUGACCAGUCGAUGUCCUGUGGAAGGAAAUCCGGCCCCCUACGUAAGAUGGAUAAAAAAUGGAAAUCCAACAGACCCGGACAUCCCUCUGAGCAGGAAGAAUGCAGGGGUGUACAUUCUUGAAGCUGAGGGCGCUUCCUCCAUCAGAGUUGAAGUCCAGGUUUUUGUGUUGUAUGGACCAGAGUUGAAGUGUCCAAGCCCUUACACUACACUAGAGUACGUUCAUCACAACUUCACCUGCAUCGUUGAGGGUUAUCCAAAACCUGAGAUCACAUGGUACAGAGAUGGUGAGGAGGUGGAGCUUCCAGAGAUCCUAACAAGACGUGACGCAGGGAAGUACCUGAUCACAGCUUCAAACAGUGUGUCAAUUGUCAACUUCACGGCGGACAUUACUGUCAAAUACCCACCAUCACAGAUAGUUGAGCUUGAAGACGCUGAAGUUGAAGUUGGUUCUAAUGUGUCACUGAAAUGCUCCUCCAUGAGCAACCCACGACCUCAAUAUAUCUGGAAUUAUUACCGGACAGACAAUGUGAUGGAGGAAAAUGAAGAUGGAGUGUCCCGUCUGCUCAUCAUCAAUGCCACUGCAUACAACUCCGGCUCCUACACAUGUCGCACCUUGAAUGAGAUAGGAGAAGUCUCUAAAACAGCCAGAGUCACUGUGAAAAAUGCCAGUCAAGAAUGUCCCAUUGAAAUAACUCCAGACAGGAUGGUGGUACAGUACCAAGGAGCAAUCCAGGCUGCAACGUGCAAACUGACAUCCAGCAACAGUAAUUUAAUAGAAAGAUACUGGCAGGUCGAGAACAACAAAAUUUACAAUGAAAGUUGGUAUGUUAACACCCGUAAAGACUGGGACUCGAGGCCUGUUUGUGCUGGGACGUUUGUGGGAUUAGGAGCAUGCCAUAAACCUUUAAACCUCACUCUCUACAAAAUGCCAGAUAGUGUCUUCAUCAGUCCUGUCCAAAACUUGAGCUCAUUGGUAGUGGGCGAAGAGCUUCAGCUGCAGUGUCACAUUAUCCACGUUGCUCCUGCACAGAACCUCGUCGUGCGCUGGUAUAAAGGGAACGACACCUUUGAACCACAUAUCAAAGGCUCGUUGCAAGUGAAUGACUGUCUGCCUGAGAACAGCAGAGACUGUGACAUCAGUGUGGUCAGAUCUCCAAAAAAUGUGUUGUCCACUAUCACCAUCACUCUGGACAGAAAGCACAACGGGGCAGAGUUCAGAUGCGAGGCUCAGAUGGACCUGGGACCCGAGGGACCACAGCCUCCUCCAAAGAACAUGUCCAGUCCUCUCAACAUCACUGUCCGCUAUAAGCCCAUCAUUAACGCCACAAAGCUUCCACAGACAAUCCCAGUGUUCAGAGGUUAUCCUGAGGAGCUCAUCUGUGAAGCCGAUGGUCACCCACCUCCAAAGAUCGAGUGGCACUACAGCCCAGACAAAGUUCCCCAUGUGACUGGAGACACACUCAUCGUGUCUGAAGCAGGCCUCUACAACUGCACUGCCACCAAUGAAGUUGAUUCUGUCUUCUAUGUGGUCAAAGUGAUUUUAAAAGAGGACUACCUGCCCCUCAUAGCUGGAUUUGUGGCCGUCACAGUAGUUGCUAUCUCCAUCGUCUUCGUCUUCAUUUACUCAAUCUACUACACGAACACCAAGAUGCGCCGCUACAGCCUUAAAAACCCCAAACUCAGCACCCACAAUGGUAACGUAGCUCACAACGGCUGGGACAUGCAGUUUCCUAUGACCAAACUGUCUUAUGGCUUGAUAGCGUGUGCAGGAAAGCCUGUGAGUGCCAACUGUCAAGCUGAGCUGAGCCCUCCUCAAGUUGUGGUGAAAUAUCGAGACACCUUCUCAGUCAACUGCAGCUCAUCACCCGAACUGACAGAGGGAAUGGGCUGGGAGUCUUCACAGGGUGGCAUAGCACUUACAGCUGGGAUCUCCUUUCUUACCUUAGAAACAGACUCUGUAACAGACUGGACGAUAGCUCCAAUGUGCUUCUUCAAUCUCCAUAACGGUACUCAGUGCUCAGAAAAACUGCCAGUCACCGUUUACAAAAUGCCGGACAGUGUGUAUAUGCAUGAGCCAAGUCCACUGGGCCCCAUGGUGGAGGGCACAGUGUAUCAGUUGCGAUGUGAUAUUGCUAAUGUUGCACCAGCAAAAAUCCUCUCUGUAUACUGGCACAAAGGAAAUAAGAUAAUCAAUACUCAAACAUUUAACGAGCCCAGCCUGUCUCCAGUCAAUAAGUCAUCUACCUUUGAUUGGAUCGCCCAGGGAGACGAUAAUGGAACUCAGAUCUGGUGUGAAGCAAGGCUGAACUUUUGGCCAACAGGACCAAAGCUUCCCAUGAUGCAGUCAGAGUCACAUGAAUUGAUCGUACUGUACCCACCAAAGUUCCACACGCCAUCAAAUGAGACGCAGGAAAUUCCAGCUGGUAUUGAAAUGAUUUUAAAUUGCACUGCUAAAGGAAACCCAAUGGCAGUAUACAGCUGGAAACUACCUGAAGCCAUACAAGAGAAGAUCAAGAAUCACAAUGGGAAUCAGCUCAUCUUGCCCCAGUACCUUCAGUUUCCAGGGACAUACACCUGCACAGCGUCUAAUGAGAGGGGCAGCCAGACCAAAUAUUUCACUCUUAUCCAAGCUCCAAGGGACCGAACAACCUUUGCAGCCAUAGUUGGAGGAUUUACCUUCCUGGCCGCCCUGCUCAUCGUUGCCGGUCUCAUUUUUGUGACAUCUGAUGGCAUGUUUUCUCUCAACAAAGGCAGCUAUCUCAGAGGACAACCUACCUCAUCAGGACCUUCAGCUGGGAUGAACGGGGCCCUUUUGUUCCGACAUCGUUCCCUGCAGAGUUGCCAAGCUUGUUCAAGUUGGAAUCUUCUUUCCCUCAUGAUGGUCGUGUCAGGUGAAGGUUGCUCCCUAAUCCUGAAGCCCUCCAGGGUUGUGGUGGGCUUUGGGGAGCCGGUGUCAGUCACCUGCGAAGCGGCUCGCCCGGUACGUGUCCUGGGCUGGGAAUCGGCCAUCAGUGCUGCACACACUCAGCAGGACCUGUCCGUCCAGUGGAAGGUAGACAGUCUCAUUGAUUGGAUAGAGGAGCCCAUCUGUUAUGGGGUGUUUUUCACAGCUCCCAGACAAUGUGAGGAGAAACUCAAUCUCGUCCUCUACAAAACCCCAGAUAGUGUCUCCAUCAGGCCUGUGAACCACACUGGCCCCAUGGUGGAAGGAAAAGAGUACCAGCUGCUCUGUGAGGUUCAAAACAUCGCUCCUGUUCAGUAUCUCACCCUGAGGUGGUACAGAGGGCAGACCGAGGUUUAUAACCACUCCUUCGCCGACCUCACAUCUUCCUCACCUGUCCAAGUGUCCUCUAUCCUCGUCGUCACGCCAACCAAAGCCGAGAAUGGAGUGCAGUACAGGUGUGUAGCAGAGCUGGAGCUUGGACCAGAAGGACCACAACCACCUCCUGCUGUGACCUCAGAGCCUCUUAACGCCUCUGUGUAUUUUCCCCCAAUGUUCCUCAGUCCUGAACCAGAAGUGUUGGACCUCACAGUGGGUACUGAAAUCUCCUUAAACUGUACAGCUACAGGGAAUCCCACACCUGUGUACAGCUGGCAAUCCUCCCAUCCUGCGCAGGAGAGGAUGGAGGAUGAAGCAGUUCUUACCUCUUCCUCACUGCUCCCAGGGACCUACACUUGCACUGCCUCCAAUACACUGGAGAAGAAGAGCAAGCAGUUCAUUGUCAAGGCCAAGACCAAAGGUGUUUGAAACACAGGAUCGUGAGAUGGGAUUGGAUGACCACAUUGGACAUACGAGGAGAAUUCAGCCAAGGGGAUUUUACUGUUGCUGCUUUGGAGACGGAAAUGACAAUGCAUUCAUAACUCAACAGAUAUUUAUCAGGAUCUUGCUAUCAUCCAGAACUAGAUCUCAUAAAGAAAAAGACCCGAAUAUACUACACUUGGCAACUGCCAUUUAAUUUGUCAGUAUUUUAACAUGAAUGUAUUCUUGUGGUAGAUUGUUGUUUAGAAUAUAGUUCACUUUUUAUGCUUCCCAUGUGAUAUUCUGUAUCUAAUUUAUAUUUUUGUUAGAUUUAUUUUCCUAUUAAUAAAAUUAUAUUAUAACAUUACAGAUGUGUAGCUACACUUAAUAUAGCAAUGAUGACUGCAUUAUUGUUAAUGUUACUGUUAAUGCUGGAAAUUUAGUACUGCAACUUUAAUGCUGAAUGUUAAAGAAAAGCAGGCCGUUACUGUAAAUAUGAACUGUUUCUUAAUUUGCUUAUCUUUAUGAAUAAAAUUUAAAUUAAAAACGU